UUUUUUUUUUUUUUUUUUUUUUUUUUUUUUUUUUUUUUUUUUUUUUGUGUUGUUCUACACGAUAUGAUGAUAGUAGUACCCUAUCUCGUAGCUUUUGGAUCUUUCUUUCCCCCUCUUGAAAUAUGUUUAUUAUUUUUUUAUUCAUUUAUCUUCAAAUCAUAGAAAAUUCUUUUGUUAUCUUUUCCAUGUCUCUGACGUCCUGUAUUAUAUCAUUAUUCUUUUUCUAUUUUCUUUUUCUUCUCUCUCUCGCCUUUCUAGCUGCUAGUGCGCCAUAUGGCAAAAUUGACGUCCUUCAGGUAUAUGACUCACGCUUCUAGUCCGGGCCCAAUUUCCACCGCACCCCAGGUUUGCCUUGAAAAAUAUUUUCAAAGGCACGCAACUGAGGAAUCGGGGACCUCCGGCCUUCGAAAACCUUUGAUGGCUUAUGGCUUUUCAUUUUUGUCCGCUGAAGCAGUAGCAGGUGUGUAUACAGAAUCAGCUGCGAAUACACUCAAAUGCAACAACCUUCGACAAACCUUGACAUGAUGAUAAAAGAGAUCUGAUUGGUUCAAGGUGUGAGAUCGCAUGCAAGAUACUGCUAUAUUAACAUUCGCGGAUAUCUGAGCCAAUCGUGAUUUGAUAUGGAGUCACCCUCCAGGACUCGCAAUGUCGUUCGCCCGCCUGCAGAAUAGGGUUUAGCUAAGCUUUUCGCUAGUCAAAGCUUGUCGGGGUAUUCCCCACUUUUAUUUUGUUACUUUUCAUUAUUUUUUAUAGUUGGUUAUUCGCUGACCCGAACCCUCCGCCUGCGGAGAGCGCUUAUCAUUCACGAUACUUUCGGAGUCGGAGUUGAAGGGGGUUUUAAGGUUCAUUCAUACAUUGGACAUGUCCUUUUUGAUACCUUUCUUCGUCUCUCCCUCUUCCGCUUCCUCCACUUCCUCUGCUUCCUGCACCUACCACACAGUCCCACCUAUCCAGGCGGCGCUUCCAGUUGGACCGUUCUUGUUUAUCUUCUACUGUUCAAAAGGGAUACAGAAAAUAUACAACAGCUACUGAAAAGAUACACUGCGGGCAUCUUUUCUUGUCCUGAUCACCCCCCUCCAGCACGUACAAGCAUCACAGCCAACCUUUAACUAUGUCGGGCUAUUCCUCUGUCGUAGAAAACACCGCUGCUGUCUCCUCAGCUGAAGAUAAAUCUCAUGGAACUGUCAUCCCGACCAUCCGAAGUGACCUUGAGCAGGAGACCCCAAAGAGCCGCUGGGAGCGUGUGUGGCCGGUCAUAGCCUGUGGCGCAGGUCUUUUUUCUGACGGCUAUCUGAAUAAUAUCAUCGGCUCAGUCAACACCAUCCUCCGCACCCUCUACCCAAUUGCCUACGUCAACUCCCCCGCCGUCAAAAAUGUUCCCUCCAUUGCCUUCGCUGGCACCGUCGUAGGUCAGCUCCUGUUUGGCUACGUCAGCGAUCACUACUCCCGCAAAUGGUCUCUGAUGGCGUCUACCGUUAUCCUCAUCGUGUUCGCAGCGCUCUCUGCCGGCUCCUAUGGUGCCAACGGCAGACCAUCCGGGCUCUUUACUGCGCUGACUAUCUAUCGCUUCUUCCUUGGUGUGGGUAUUGGUGGUGAGUAUCCCGCCGGAAGCGUUGCGGCAGCCGAGAGCACAGGUGGACUGAGGGAGGGCCAUCGGAACAGGUGGUUUGUGCUGUUUACUAAUGUGCAGAUUGAUCUUGGGUUCGUUCUUGCAGCGUUUGUGCCCAUGGUUGUCGUGUUGAUUUUUACGGAGAGCCAUCUGAGAGCGGCCUGGAGGGUGAUGUUGGGGAUUGGGGUUAUUCCACCUCUGAGUUUGCUGUAUUUGCGUCUGAAGUUUCAGGAGCCUGAGGAGUUCAAUCGGGAGAGGAUGCAUAAGUAUCCGGUUUGGCUCAUUGUUAAAUUUUACUGGAUGCGGCUGUCCAUCGUUUCUCUAAUAUGGUUCAUCUAUGACUUCUCCAUCUACGCCUUCGGCAUCUACUCAGCUGCCUGGCUCAAGAUUGUUCUCUCCGAUUCCGCGCCUCUCUGGCAGUCCUUCGGCUGGAACACCGUUCUCAACCUCUUCUACAUUCCCGGUGCGUUUCUCGGCGCGUUCGUCUCCGACUGGGUCGGGCCCCGUAAUACACUUGCCCUCGGCGUCUUUCUGCAGGGUGUCGUCGGCUUCAUCAUGGCCGGCUGCUACCAAUAUCUCGCGACAGCGAAAAACGUCGGGGCCUUUGUAGUUGUUUAUGGCAUCUUCCUCUCCCUCGGCGAGCUCGGACCGGGAGAUAACAUCGGUCUCAUCGCCUCUAAAACCAGCGCCACGGCCGUGCGCGGCCAAUACUACGGCAUCGCGGCCGCGAUAGGCAAAGUCGGCGCCUUCGUGGGCACGUACGUGUUCCCGAUUAUCCAGGCCCGGGCGCCGAAUCCCGUGCGCGCGGGCCAGGACCCGUUCUUCGUCGCGAGCUCGAUGUGUGUGGUGUCUGCGUUUAUAGCGCUGUUCUUGCUCCCGAAUAUUGGGCAGGAUACGAUCACGAUUGAAGACGUGCGCUUCCGUCAAUACCUGGAAAAGCAUGGUUAUGAUACGAGCACGAUGGGAAGUAAGUCGAAGCAGGAGCAGCAGCAGUUGGAACAGAUGCAGACGAUUCAGUCGAAUGGCCAAUCUGGUUGCUAGUGCCACUACUCACUUUGUUUAAGCUUUGGUUUAAGUAUAUAUAUUUUCUGCUUCUGUUCCUUACAUGUAAACCAAAACGGAUUAACCGUGCCAUGCUUACUCACUCUCUGUAGUGAGUGCGCCACAGUGUACAGAAAACCACACUGUACAGAAAAUAUUUUCAAUAUUUUCAUUCUUCAUCUUCAAAUAAUCAUCAUUAAUUAUAAUCAUGUCUAAAUCUUCUAAUUACACUGAGGAGCAGUUGCAAAGAGCUGUUAAUAUAUAUAAAAGCAAUUCAAAAUUCAAAAUCACAUCUAGACUGGCCGCCGGGACCAUGAAUUUCACAUUUGGUCUCAUUUGGUCUGGUC